ACAAAUAAAAAAUAAAAAAAUGUACAAAUUUAUUGCAUUGUGUUUGAUGUCUCUCAUGUUUGCUUUGGCCGCAGCUAAGCCUGGCGUAGUGGCUCCUCUGGCCUAUUCAGCUCCUGUGGUAGCUGCUGCUCCAUACACUGCCGCCUACACUGCUGCCUACACUGCACCUUAUUAUGCUGCUUACUCAUCGCCAUACGUAGCUGCACCGUAUGCUGCAGCUCCCUAUGCUGCUGCCUACACCAGUUAUCCGUAUGCGGCCUCUUACUUGUUGCGUAAAUAGUUUCAAACAAUGGCUUUUGAACUGUUAAACAAUUGUUGAGUUGAAAUAAAGGAUCAAUAAAAAGUUUGGAAAAAAAGAACAAUAGUAAGAAACCAUUAAUGAUUUUUUUGUUUAUUUUUGUUUUUUUUUUUCUUAAUAAGUACUAUGGCUGCUUUUACUUAGUUUACCACAUUUUAUUUUAACAUUUUUCUGUUUCGCUUUUUCAGCAAAUAACUUAAAAGAUUUUCUUCCAUUACUUUCCACUUAUAUUUCGUUUCCUUUCAUUUCUUACAACUAUUAUCCUUGAUGGUAGAUGAUAUGAAUGAUAGUGGUUGCUUUUGUUUGUCUUUAAGCUUUCACUUAUUGUGUCAGAACGUUGCCAAUUGGCUCACAUACUUAAACAUGCACAUCUGUGUAUGUAUUUGUAUACAAUAUUUUUAUCUUUUAUUUAUCAAAAUAACAACAUAGAUAUAUGUCUACGUAUUUGUACAUACGGGUUUGUGUGAUGUAUGUAAUUUGUCUCUUUCCAUUUUCAACCGUCACUGGCGGUAAACACUGCGUAUUUUCACUGUUAUAAUAAAUUUCCUGUAUAUGCAUGAUUUUCAUGGACAUAAACAUACAUCUAUGCACAAAUGUACAUAUAUAU